GAGGGUUCAGGGGAGUGCUAAGUCCUUUGGCACUGCUGCAAUCCUCAGCUCCGUAACGCUUCUGCAUCCUCGGGUGAUAAACUAUUUUUGCGACCACCUCAGCCGUGAGCAGGAUGAGGGCAAACGGCUGGAGGUCGGCCGGGUCCCAGGUGCGCUGAUCCUCCUUGCAGCCCUUCUGCCGCCAGCCAGCUCGGGCUCCCCUCGGUCUUCCAGCGCUCGGCCGGUCAAGGGGCCCCAGUAGCCCUGCAGCAAUGGAGCGCCCGUGCCCGCCUUGGCUGAAGAGGUUCGACAAGGCAUCCCGCCUCCUGCUCCACGCGCUCGCAACCGGCUCGUCCGGGGCUCUGGCCGCUUUCCGAGCGCUGCAGCGUGGCCAGGCUGGCGAGGGACCGGGGCAAGCGUUUUCCUGGCAGGCUUUCACGGCAGCCCUGUGCUCAGAGGAGCCCACGCUGGAGGGGCUUGAGAAGACCCUGGCUGUCAAGCCGCUGCUGCUGCUUCUCCCUGUUGUGUGUCAGAGAAACCUCUUCUCUCUGCUGCAUGUGGUACAAGCUGUGGUGCCGCGGGAUUGCCUCAGCCGGCUGCUUCAGGCCGUGACACAGCACCCUGGUGUGGAUCCUUGGGUGCAAACGCUGGGAGAUCUGCUCCGGCAGGGGCUGAGGGAAGAGGAGAGGUCCCUGUCCCCCGCUGCCCUGACGGAUGGGUGCCAACAGCAGCUUAGAUGCCUGUGCCAGAAAAUUGCGGGCAAUGCCCAGAGCAAACCAGAGGGGCAAAGGAGACUGAACUGGUGCAUCAGCAAAGGGCCUACCCCCACCGAGGACACGGCUGGCUCCGUGUUUCAAGAUGGGAAACGCAAGAAAGCGUCAGAAAAGAUUCUGGAGUUGAAAGAGGAGAGGCAUGGCAAAAGGUUGGUGCUAGAAGAGGCUGGAUUUGACCUGUACCUCCCAGGACCCCUAGAGGAGUUGCCUGCGGAGUCAUCGGGGGACAGACCUGCUCAGAGCCCAGUUGGGUCUGCUCUGGAAAGCUCCCAGCAGGAUACAGCCGUGGAGCCGAGCAAGGCCAGGCAGAGCUCGCAGGCAGAGCUGGCAGCGGAGGUCCAGACCUUUCUCCAGAUGCAUGGGCCAAGGCUGAAAAGGCUGCUGCAGGUGGAGUCCAGUCACUCCGAGCUGAGCAUCCCGCCCGAGCUGCGUAUCCUGAACGACUGCUCUCCUGGCCAGCUUGAGGGGCUGUGCUCCUUUCUGCAGCUUUCCACUUGCCCAGAGCAUCUCCUGGUACGUUUCUGCACGUGGCUGCUGGCUCUCACCCCUGAUCUCAGCUACACCAGCGCAGCCAUCCUGGCAGAGCAGCUCUUCCUCGCACGAGUCCUGGCGCUCACCCAGCCGCCUUCCCGCCACCUCAUGGCUGCCCUGGCUUCGUUCUGCUCCAAGUACGCGCAGCCCUUCUGCCGAGUCGUGGUGGCUCCGAUCCUGCAGGGACCCAGAGAAGGCCCUGAGCAGACCAAGCUGGUGUGUGAGCUUGUGGAGGAGUGCCUGGAGCCGGAGUAUGUGCGACUGGUGCUGAGCCAGGUCCUGGAGGUGCCUUUGUCGGAGAGGCUCCUGCCAGUUGUGCAGUCCGUGCUGGGGAGGCAGGAGGUGCUGCCCUCUGAACUCUUCGAUCUCCUGGUCCUUACUCUGUGCCAGCAUGCCCCAGCCUUUGCCACAUCGCUGAAUUAUGCCAAGCUGAUGAUGGCUGUGCUCACCUUGUACCAAAGUCAUGUCACGGCAGCCCAUCGGGGCCGUCUGUCUGCAGCUCUGGGUCAGAGCAAUGCGGCGCUGAAGAAAUCACUGCAGGCUGUGCUGGAAGAAGCACCUCCCAGGUGAUGGCGGUGAAGGGGAGCAGCAAGGGAGACUGGCGCCAGCUUCCUUGUGCAGCGGCCGCUCCUUGGAGAGGCAGCGGCUGCAGCAGGCAUCCCUCGCCGGGAUCGCUCGCCAGCACAGCGGAGGCUCCGGGACCCAAAAGCCGCAGGGGAUGCGGUGCGCGCUACAAGACAGUGUUUCUGUCGAGCACCUCCGCGGCUGAGCCUGAUGGAGCCCGCGGCACGGCGGAAAGGAAACCGAAGCGAGGGGGUGCGCGCAGUGAGCGAACGCCUCCCUGCAGCGCUGCGGUGCUGCGCGCGGCGUGGGGUGACGCUGCCUUUGGGGCUUGAAGAUGAGGGUUUUCGUGCUUAAACACUGAGUGUGUUUCCAA